AUGUCGUUUAACCCCUUCGAUCUUACCAAGGUUUUGUCUCACAAAGAGUACCCUCUGAUCCCUGUGGGCAAACAGGUGCUCAAUAGGAACCCAAUGAACUACUUUGCUGAGGUGGAGCAACUCGCCUUCGAUCCCAGCAACAUGCCACCAGGUAUCGAGGCCAGCCCAGACAAGAUGCUGCAGGGCCGUCUCUUCUCCUACCCAGACACGCAUCGACACCGGCUGGGAGCUAACAACCUGCAGCUCCCUGUCAACUGUCCAUUCAGGAGCCGUGUGACCAACUACCAGCGCGAUGGUCCGAUGUGCAUGUUUGACAACCAAGGUGGAGCCCCAAACUACUAUCCCAACAGCUUCAGUGCUCCUGACACCCAGCCUCAGUUUGUGGAGUCCAAGUUCAAGGUGUCUCCAGAUGUGAGCCGUUACAACAGUAGAGAUGAGGACAAUGUCGCACAGUCACCAUGGACAUAA